GUGAAACACACAGAAAGCUACGGAGCUCACGAGGUAGCAUUAGCUCCUCUUAGAAGGUAGUUUGAAAACAGGUUUGGUGUUUUCGGUAAAUAUUUCCGUGUUUUCAGUGAAACUGUCUUCAGUUCAGCCUCAGAGAGAGUUUAUCAACGAGCAGGUAACUCCUGCUGGAGAAACAUUCACAGAGUGGAAAGAAAUCAACGUUAAGAUGGAGGAAGAGAUGGAGGAUCAGCGCAGACUGAUGGAUUUUACCCGGAUACCGAGGAUCAUCUUACACCGGAUAGAUCUCCCACAAUGUUGUGUGUGUAAAGAGGAGGAGGUUCUCAAUGAAACAGAACCACAGAGGAACCAACUCAUCUCUCAUGGCUCUCCAGAAGCUGAGAAGCGGGAUCAGGAAGGAAUCAAUUCUGAAAACCCAGGAAAAGAGAGAAAGGAAGAACAAAAACAAAAGGAGAAAUAUGAGAAAACCAAAGAGCAGAAAGGAAGAACUGACACUUCAAAACAACAAACACACAAGAAAGCUCACGGAAGGCAAAAAUUACAUUCUUAUAAAAUUUGUGAUGAAACCUUUUCUGAAAACAGUAACUUGAUGAGACACAUAAUAACUCACACAGGAGUAAAACCUUUCACUUGUUCAGCCUGUGGGAAAAGUUUCAGACAAAAGGUUGGUUUAAUUUAUCACAUGAGAAUUCACACAGGUGAGAAGCCUUUCUCAUGUGUGACCUGUAGAAAGAGUUACAGUGAAAGACGGACUUUAAAUAAGCACAUGAGAAUUCACACAGGUGAGAAGCCUUUCUCAUGUGGGACCUGUGGAAAAAGUUUCUCUCGAAAAGGUCAUUUAAAUAAGCACAUGAGAAUUCACACAGGUGAGAAGCCUUUCUCAUGUGGGACCUGUGGAAAAAGUUUCUCUCGAAAAGAUACUUUAUAUGAUCAUAUGAAAAUUCACACAGGUGAGAAGCCUUUCUCCUGUGGGAAUUGUGGAAAAAGUUACGCUCAUAGAGGGACUUUAACUAUGCACAUGAGAAUUCACACAGGUGAGAAGCCUUUCUCUUGUGGGAAUUGUGGAAAAGGUUUCUCUCAAAAAGGUCUUUUAAAUGCUCACUUGAGAAUUCACACAGGUGAGAAACCUUUCUCCUGUGGGACCUGUGGAAGGAGUUACAGUGACAGAGGGACUUUAAAUAAGCACAUGAGAAUUCACACAGGUGAGAAGCCUUUCUCAUGUGGGACCUGUGGAAAAAGUUUCUCUGUAAAAUAUCAUUUAAAUGUUCACUUGAGAAUUCACACAGGUGAGAAACCUUUCUCCUGUGCGACCUGUGGAAAGAGUUACAGUGAAAGAGGGACUUUAAAUAACCACAUAAGAAUUCACACAGGUGAGAAGCCUUUCUCAUGUGGAACCUGUAGAAAGAGUUACAGUGAAAGACGGACUUUAAAUAAGCACAUGAGAAUUCACACAGGUGAGAAGCCUUUCUCAUGUGGGACCUGUGGAAAAAGUUUCUCUCGAAAAGGUCAUUUAAAUAAGCACAUGAGAAUUCACACAGGUGAGAAGCCUUUCUCAUGUGGGACCUGUGGAAAAAGUUUCUCUCGAAAAGAUACUUUAUAUGAUCAUAUGAAAAUUCACACAGGUGAGAAGCCUUUCUCCUGUGGGAAUUGUGGAAAAAGUUACGCUCAUAGAGGGACUUUAACUAUGCACAUGAGAAUUCACACAGGUGAGAAGCCUUUCUCUUGUGGGAAUUGUGGAAAAGGUUUCUCUCAAAAAGGUCUUUUAAAUGCUCACUUGAGAAUUCACACAGGUGAGAAACCUUUCUCCUGUGGGACCUGUGGAAGGAGUUACAGUGACAGAGGGACUUUAAAUAAGCACAUGAGAAUUCACACAGGUGAGAAGCCUUUCUCAUGUGGGACCUGUGGAAAAAGUUUCUCUGUAAAAUAUCAUUUAAAUGUUCACUUGAGAAUUCACACAGGUGAGAAACCUUUCUCCUGUGCGACCUGUGGAAAGAGUUACAGUGAAAGAGGGACUUUAAAUAACCACAUAAGAAUUCACACAGGUGAGAAGCCUUUCUCAUGUGGAACCUGUGGAAAAUGUUUCUCUGUAAAAUAUCAUUUAAAUGUUCACUUGAGAAUUCACACAGAUGAGAAGCCUUUCUCAUGUGGGACCUGUGGAAAAAGUUUCUCUCGAAAAGAUAGUUUAUAUGAUCAUGUGAAAAUUCACACAGGUGAGAAGCCUUUCUCUUGUGGGACCUGUGGAAAGAGAUACUCUAAAAGAAGGACUUUAACUCAUCACAUGAGAAUUCACACAGGUGAGAAGCCUUUCUCUUGUGGGACAUGUGGAGAAAGUUUCAGGAUGAAAACUCAAUUACUGACACACAUAAAGAUUCAUAUGAGUGCCAAACAGUGACAUGCGAUGAGGCUCAUAGCUGUUGAGGCACUGACUUACGAUGUACAAAAACAGAUACAAUACAUGUUGUUACAAAAAUUUUGCGCAUGCAUACAACACUGUAGAGCAAAAAGACUAUUCUUUUACAUGUUAUCCAUAGCUGGGUUAACUAGGUGAAACUUAGAAAUGUAGGUAUUAUGGAUUGUUGUUAUGUUGCUGUAUGGUAUUUUAAUAUCUUGUUCAAUGUGCCCCUUUUUAACUGUGUGCUCCUGCCCAUCCAAAGGUCUCUGCAUGGCCCUGUUCAUAUGCAUGGUAAGAUUUAUUAUUUUUACCCCCUAGCUUGGUAGUUCCCAGAGUGCUAAUAUUGUUAGCAGCUAACUUAGUGUUGAGUCCUGGACAGAAAAUGUUUAUUUGGUGGGACUUCCAUGCUAAAGAAGCUGAAUAAAUUAAUUAUAACCUACCCAGCCAUACAGUCUUUUCCUGAUCCCCGUCAGAAUUUCUUGCAGCAUCCAGGUCACAUGUCUGAAGCCCAGAAAUAGAACGCUGUGAUGUUUGUUUGAAAAAAAAAAAAACCCAUCAAAUAUUAUUGAGAUCUAAUCAGAUUUUGAUGUAGAGA